CACGACAGUCGCAUUGUCCUAGUUUGUUUAACAAACGUUUGUAGUGCAAUCAUCAUAGUUACGUAGAUACUAUCACAAUGGAUCCCAUAAUGGAUGUUAUAAAGAAUUCAGAGGAGCCGGAAUGGCUUGAAAAAAGUGUAGUUGGAGAGCUGAGAGUAUGGCAAAUUAUGUUUCUCUGUAUAGCUGGCGUGACUACUUUGAUUGUGAUGGUGUGCUGCUGCUUCCGUUUCCGCAUACCUCGCACAAAACAGCAAAUAGAGGCCGAUUACAAGCGGCGCAAAAUAACCAGCAAGUUCAGACAACAACUUGAAACCAUUCAGGACUCCAAAAUGGAUACCAUUUCAUUGAAAGACGCGUUGGAACUGUUGCACGAGAAAAGCCAAUCAAUGGAGGAGAAGCAGGGAUCCCAGCCUAGUUCUAUCAUGUCACCACAACAAAGUUCUUUAGAAACCUCUUUCCAACCGGAUCCCAAGUCGGAGACGCAACCUUCUGGCGGAAUGAACUUCGUCAAAUUCGCGACCAAAGUGGCCAAUUUGUCUAAAUUGAGCCAACCAAAGUCACCCACCACGCCGAAUUCACCAGCUAAAAUGGAUUUUUAAAAGCUUUCUCUAUAAUUUAGUGAAGAUUGUUAUACUUUGGAUGCAUUUUAUGUACUUAGAGAAGAAUUAUUGCAUUUAUUAAUAAGGCUUUCUUAGAAGAUGAAAUUAUAAUAAUUAUGAUAGUUUACUAGAGACGAAAAUAUAGAAUAGGUAGAAUACUGAGAACAUAUUGUUUGUUAACUUAAGAAUAAAUGUAUUUUGUAAUAAAUAAACAAAUUUCCUGCA